AUGGCUAUUGCUCCAAACAAGCGUCUUCUUCUUAUUCUUAUUGCAUUUUUGUUUAUUUUCUUCGUCUCAACCACAGCUCGAGCUAGAAACUUGAGAGAGAUUAAAGGAGGUGAAAAGGGUCAUAGUAGUGAGUUUAAGCCAAACCAUGAAGGGACAGAAACACAAGUGAAAAAUGAUGAUUUGUUGGAUACAAUGGACUACACACCUGCAUCAAAGAAUCCACCAAUCCAUAAUUAA